ACCGACUUCCUUCAUUCUCAACUCUCCACCACCUGCACUCACCUAACUACCGACAAUCAAUUGUUUCAAAAAUUGUCCAUGAUGAUUCCGGCUAUCCCUUCUCGAAUUUGGUCAUUCAGACCAACUCCGGUCCAUGCCCCGGUGUUGUCACCUCAUCUCAUGAUGUGCACUUCAGGGUGGCAUCGGCCCACGCGGUCCUUGAUCCAAUCCCAGCUGCCUACCUCCCCACAUGUGCACCGUAGCGGCUCGGGUCAGCUGUAUAGGAGAACCGCUGAGUGGUUGUCCUCGUCUGUCUCUUGCAUCACUGCUCGUACUGUGUUUUCCGAGGCACUUGAGUCCCCGAGUUUGAUUGCCAAUAAAACAAAAGUCAGUUUCCGCACCAAUACUUUUGGCAGUCAUGUGUUUGUGUAUUAGAUUCAAGCUAACGGUGAAAGAUUCUCAACCUAUCUAAAACUGGGUGGAGUCUGGUAGGAAUUGUUAUUUGUACCAUUGCGAAUGUUCUUUAUGCAUAUAGAAUCAAUCGCACCAGAGAAAUUGGCCUCACCAGCGCCCUGGACCGAGGAUCUGUUCCUGAUAUCCUCUCCGUGGAGCAGCUUGUGGAUCGUAAAGGGAUUACUCCGGCAAUCAGAGCAAUCCUUCAACCAUCCUGCGACUACUCCUUCUAUGACAUGAUCGUGGGAAAUCACGGAACAGGGAAGACAACAUUAGUCCGUCAAGUUGGCCACCAGCUGCCGGGCGUCAUUUACGUCGAUGUUACACCUGCAAGCCAAUCGGAUAAGGGGUUUGCCGAAACUCUUGCGAAUAGGUGCAACUGGUUUCCUCCCUCUCGUUCACCUUUUCAUACCCUGUUGUCCUGGUUGAAUAUUGCUGUUAUGGAAGUUCCUGGUAAGUUUAAACUCAGUUACCAAUCCUCAUUUGGUGUGUAUUAAUUCAUGGAAAGAUGGAAGGGAACAGCUGGUCAAAGUAUGGACAGAAUUUGGGAAUCAGGCUGCUAAAUUCAAGAAAGAAAACGCCCGCAGUGCUGUCCUUAUUUUGGAUAACAUUAAUCGCCUUGCUGAGAAUAACCCCGCCCUGCUUAAUAUGCUACAAGAUCUGGCAAAGGAUGCGGCGGACCAGCAGCUCUUUACCACUGUCUUUGUAACAAGUGAAGGAAGAGCACCAAUACAGAUGCUGAGUAAGCUUGCCCUCACGGAACAUUUGGUAUUGGAUUUUGAAACUUUUGUACUAAUUCAAGGCUGAUGAUUACUUUAGGUCGUUCCGCUGCAUCUAGACUCGGAAUGGUCCUGGUGAUAAACGACUUGAACGAGGAAGAGGCCAUUGGGUAUCUUUGCAACCAGAAAGGAACUAGCACUACCGUGGCGUGGGAAAUUUUCCGCCUUGUUGGUGGCCGAGUUGGGUUUUUGAAAAAGGCGGCUGGGCGUUACAAUGCGGCCGUGGGCCUUGAUGGUAUGUUCGCUAUCUGAUUCCUGCAAUAAAGUAUUAUUAUCUUACUUGAUAACCAUGGCAGACCUGAAGGCCGAAUUUUUAAUGGAGGCCCGAUCUGCAUUUCGUAAAGCAGGAAUCGAGGAUGGGGGGGAGUUCGAGGAUGUGGGAAUCCAGCUUGCAAAACAUAUUCUCGAAAAUGGGUCUAUCACACGCAAGAAAUUUUACUGCAUUGCGGGAGGUCGUGUACAGGGGGACCACCUACUAAAUGCAGAUGUAUUUAGUACUCUGCCUAGGUCUGGGCUGAUUUUGUUUGCUUCUACUCCGGUAGAGAUCAUGGCGAAGGAACUAGUCCUUGAACGUAAGAACUAGUUUGCUGUGCCUGUUUCGGUUCAGGCUGACAACUUUGCUCUUUGGGCUUCUUAAGUUUGUAAAUUGUGAUUGGACGUUGUUACAUCCGGGCACUGGAAGCUUUCUGCCUUUUAACUGGUGUUGUAACUUCAUUCUAACUCUCUGAUGACCACCUCGUUUCAUGCUC